GGUCACUCUAUUUCAAAAUUCAAAACAAGCUAUUGGCGUCGUCUGUCUGGAUUUUGUGUAUGGAAUAAGUAGAUCAGAAGAAGCAAAUGGGAUCCAAAGUGGAGCAGCAGUACAAGCUGCUGAAUGCGGAGCUAAUGGACCAAGUGCAGAAGCAGCGCUUGGAGAUCGGCGAGUACAGGAAGCGGGUGAUAUCUUUGGAGCGAGAGAUCAUGGACAUUCGGGAGGAGCACGUCCUGCAAAACCAUCGCCAGCGCAUGGAGAACAUCAGUAUCGUACGCAGCCUGAUGCUGAGCCUGAACGUGGACUCCGAUUCCCUGGCAGUGCGUCAGGAGCCCGCUCCCGCAGCUCAGAUAAACAGACCAAGCGGCCCGCGUCGCAGCUCCAGGGAAAUCUGCAAGGACAUGCGACGGACGUGUGCGUUGGCCCGCACCACCAGACCAAUCUCGCCAAGAAGAUCUUCCUCAGUGACCAGUACUGUAUCGUCCACUAGUCGCCGCUCCAGCGCAGAAGUGCAGUCCGAGGUGGUGACCACUAGGAUACCAGAGGAUAGAAGAGCCAACAAGCCUACACCACCGCCACGAAGACCAGCGGAAUUAGUGUUUGAUGAGGACGACUCGGACGAUGAUUUCGACGAAGCAGUAAGCCCCGUGGAGGAGACACAGACUGAGCAAAAUGAAGAGAACAAUCGUCUGUUUAGCAUUAUAGAGGAAAAUGGCAGUGAAGGGGAGUCCACAGACUCGUCAUCAUCAUGCGAGGCCAUCUAUUGCGACACAACGUUUGAAAGUAGUCCGCCAAACGCCCAAGUCACCGUCACGCCCAGUGGACGGGCUCUGCGGGAAGUGGACACCAAUAUCCCUGUAGCAGUGUCCCUCAGUCGGGGAAAAGAGACUGGGAAGGGAUCAUGGUUGGCUAUUUCCGUAGCUGUGGAAGAUUCUCCACAGGAGCCAAGCAUACAGUGCCCACGACUGGCAGUCACCAGGCCUAGUCAAUCGUCUGGAAUAUUUCCUGAUGUCAACGGAUUAACGCCGCGAAGAAGCCUGUUCAAUGGGAUAGGCAAAAUGGCCGGAAGCACCAGCACUCCGAAAUCCUUUCUCGUCGAGGAAAUGCCAUCUAUAAGAACUAGAAGCCGAACUGCGGCUAAUAAGAAAUCAGAAAAUACGGAUAUGUCUAGUUCUUUCUGCAACAACAGCGCAAGGCCGAGUAGAAGCUGCAGGCCCACCAGUUUGGUGGAGCCAAGUCUGAAGAACAAGUUGCGCAAUGGCUCGAAAGGCAAGGCCAAGGCCAAAAAGUAGAUAGACGAAUUUUUUAAUAGGCUUUAAUGUUGUUUCUGUAAUUUCAUUGGUUUUCAAUACCACUUUUUACCAUUUUUAAUAUGAAUAAUAUUUUUAAAUCGUCAGGCCCUGAUAAGUUUAAUUUAUAGACUAAAAGCUGACAUCGGAUUACUUUUUGCCUGCAAUAGAGGGCAUAUUCAGUUCAUCCAGCGCUAUCGGAAGGAAGACACUCCAUCAUCAUCAUCACCCAAAGAUGCCAAUAGGAAUUUAAAAGUACGUCUAAUUUUUACAUGUUCAUUUGUGAAUAAAACAACGUUUCAAUU